GGUCUGAGGCUAAUCUUCACCGAUGAUUAAGCUUAUUAAGCACCGAUUUGGACGAAUUUUUUCCGGGAUCAUUUUAGGCAGAUUCCAAAUGGGUACCAUCAUAGAUUUCAUGCGCUUUUUUCGAAAGGCCAUUAUCCUAUGAUUUUGAAGGCUACAGAUCACGGAUUUAGCGUGAGGCUAUUCUCCACUGAUGAUUAAGUCUAUUAAGCAUCGGUUUAGGUGGAUACUUUUCGGAGGGCAUUUUGGUAAAUUUUUUAGCGAUUUUUGGAAAUUUAAUUUUUCUUAGAUUUUGAAGGCUACAGUUCACAAAUUCACCCUGAAAGCUAUUCUUCAUUGAUGAUUAAGUAUAUUAAGCACCGAUUUGUAUUGAUUUUUUCCGAGGCCAUUUUUGGCAAAUUCCCAAACCAAAGGAGUAUCGUCACAAAUUUCAGGUGAAUUUUUUGAAAUGUCAUUUUUCUUGGAAUUUGAAGGCUACAAAUCACGGAUUCGGCUUGAGGCUAUUCUCCACCGAUGAUUAAGUCUAUUAAGCACACAUAAUUAUUUCGGUGGGCAUUUUCAUUACUUUUUGGGCGAUUUUUGGAAAGACCAUUUUUUUGGAUUUUGAAAAAUACGAAUCACAGAUUCAGUCUGAGGCUAUUCUACACUGAUGAUUAAGUCUAUUAAGCACCGAUUUGGGCGGAUUUUUUCCUCAGUCAUUUUUGGCAGAUUCCAAAGGAAAAUGGCCACCCGAAAAUAAAUUUGCAAAAAUAAAGGCUUAAUGGACUUAAUCAUAGGUAGAGAAUGGGAUCAAUAGGCUUCAUUAUCGGCAGAGAAUAGCCUCGGGCAGAAUUCACGAUCUCUAUAGCCUCAAAAAUUGAAAGAAAAUGGCAUUUCGGAAAAAUCGCCCGAAAUCUAUGAUGGUACCCCUUCGGGCUCAUUUUUACAAUUUUUACCCCCGGUUUGCUUAGUCGUUUGAAGCAUUUUUACUCCGACAGGUUUGAUUUUACGCUGGGUUGUGCCUUGUCUUGGUGUUUUUCAGACUUUUGCAGGUGGAACCAACCCCACAGUCGAAAGUUGGACAAAAGGGCGAAAAAUAAAGUAAACCGUGAAAAUAGCAGCAGAUCACGGUUAGGGAUGGCAACAAAACCCGAACCCACGGGUACCCAUCCGACCCAACCCGGUCAACGCGGGUAAAACCCGUGUUGACGGGUUUUAGGCCGGGUUCGGGUUUAAACCCGCUACACUAUUCACCGGGUUGAGUUGGGUUUGGGUUUAGGUAAAGCCGCCCCAUGGGUACCCGCCCACACAUAUAAUUACUUUUCCGGUAUAUUUAAUAUUCUAAAUAAUAUAUCUUCUUUAAACAACUAAUAUUAUUUAUUUUUGUGGAGACAUGUAUAAUUUGUUCUUUCUAAUUAUUUAGAAUGAAGUUGAUAUUAUGGAGUGGAGAGUGAAGAAACUUAUUUGACGAGGAAGAAGAUUUCAAUUAAUCUUGUUGUUUAUAGAUGUUUAUCUUUAAUUUUGAACAAUUUGUAUUGAUCAUUUGCGGUUUGCUUGUAUGUUCUAGAUUGGUAUUUUUUGUAUGAAUAAUUUGUAUGAGAAAAUUGAUGUUAAACUUUUAUUUUGAAAGAAAUUUGUUAUUAUAAAUUUUUUACCACAAAAACCCACGGGUACCCAUGAGCCCGCGGAUACCCAGCGGGUUGGGUUGGGUUUGAGUUUUUCAAACCCAACGGGUUUUACCCCCGGUUUUUUUGGCGAAUAAACCCAUGGGUUUGGGUUUGACAAAACCCGCCCCAACCCGACCCAUUGCCAUCCCUAAUCACGGUUUGGGCUGUGAGUUCACGGUCACUAAGACUGUGAACUGGAGGCGAUUCCUGCGAAGAGCCAGGCAUCCAGAGCACAAAUGGUUUUCACUGGACACGAGUCAGUUCACGGUCGUAACCGUGAACUGAGGCCAUUGCUCGUGAACAGCGAUUAGUCAUGCGGUGCGUUUCGACUUUGGUUCACGGUCUGGGCUUGCAGUUCACGGCCGUGAACUGAGCCCGAUCUGGGUAUAUAAAGGAGAUUGAGCCAAAUGAGAAAGGGGGGGGGGAGAUCUAGUGUGAGAAACUUCUUCUUCAAAUUCUAGAGUGAGAAAGUGACGAACCAAGGAAGAGGAGAAGCUAGGGUUUCAUCUUCAAGCAAGGAAUUGGGAAUUCCUCUCCCAAAUGAGGAUCUCUUCAACACAAGGAGUAAGGCUAGCAUCUCUUUGAUGGUUUUCCUUCUUCUCUCUUGUGUUUUCCCUUCUCCUAGAAUGAGUAGUCCCUUCUUUCACUUGGGUGUUUGUAAACCCUAGCUACAAUUAUGUGAAUGCUUGUAUGGAUUGAAUGAUUUGUGUGUGGUUGUGUUUAAUGUGAAUGUGGAUGUAUUAUUCAUGAAUGAUUGUGUUGUGUGAAAGCCUAUCAAUCUAAUUGUCAUUCUAACCUAGGUAGAGAGAAAACCCCCUUCCUUUCUUUGAAAGAGGCUUGAAUGCUGGGUUUUCUUAGGAAAUUCAUUGUCUCCUAGUUAGGUUAAUGUAGGGCAAACCUCUUAUUUCGUAUUAGCACAUAAGGUUUGGUUGUGGGUGGCUGUCUGAGCUCCGAUUCGAGGGUAAAGUCUAGCCAAUCCUUAGUCGAUAGGUCGAGAGAGUGACGUUGGUGGCUUGGAUCGUAUCCCCUUCCCUCGACCUAGAGACUAAGAGAGUGGCGCUUGGCUACUUGUUACACUUCCCUACGGUUUACAACCCCCUCACCGCAUGACCAUUAGAUCCAACAAGUCGUAAUUUCUAGCUAGGGGGAGAAACAUCCGAGUAAAGUCUUCUCAAUUAGUGUCAAAUCCAUUUACUUUUGCAAACGUUUUAGCUUUAGAUUGUUGUUUUCACCAAAAAUCAACCGCUAGAUAAUGUUACAAGCAAUCGAAGUAGGGGUACAUGAACCGGUCUGGAUCGAUAUUUAAACAUAAUUGCCCUGUACUGCACCUAGUUAAGGUUUAUACUUGGGCCUUAAUUGGUAGUUUUAAAGUGGUGCAUUCGGGUUGAGUCAAGUUUUUGGCGUCGUUGCCAGGGAUCAAAAACGGUCAUUAUUUUGAAAAGAUUGUUUGGUGUUAAUCUAGCAUUUACUUUUCGCUUUGUGUGUGAAUCUUGCUUGUGCUAGACGUGUUGUGGUUCUUUUGAGUGUGUGCAGGGAGGUGUAUGACCCGGAGUAAUCUGACACCUUUGGCGCCACUAGACGAGGAUCUCAACCGCACUCUCCGACACUUGGAUCGUGAGAGGGAACUAGCGGAGGCAAGAAGGGGGAUAAAAGAGGAAGUUAUAGUUGAGGAAGGGGUUGAUUUCGAAGAGGAAAGAAGUGAAGCCGAGAUGGCGGCUAAUCGACCCUCUCAAGGAGGAGCGGGCACGGAGGAGAAACCGAGUACCAUGCUCUAUUACAUGGCUCUAAGGUCGGCGGAUAUUCAACCCACAAUUCGAUAUCCACCCGAGGCCGCCAACAAUUUUGAGAUCAAGUCCGCCCUUGUCACCAUGAUUCAGAAUAAUGCCUUAUUCCAUGGGCUUAGCAAUGAGUCUCCAAGGGAGCAUGAUCAGAAGUUCAUUAAACUUAGGGGUGGGUAACGGGAAACGAGUAUUUGGGUAUACUCGACCAUUUUUUGAGGGUUACGGGUACCCAAAUACCCGUAAUUUUUUUUAUGGGAUGGGACUUGGGAUCAACAAUCACCACUUUGGGUACCUGCGGGUUACUGUUUGGGUAUUACGGGUACCUGUUAUACCCAUUAGUCAAAAGGGUUUGGUAGCUUACUUGUGUGUAGAGUUUGGCAAAGAUUUUAUAAGAUGAUCAAUUUAAUGAAGAAGCCAUCCUUAGUGUACUAGGAAGUGCUGCCACUUUGUUGGUUCACGAUGAUGAGGUUGGUGAUUGUGGAGCAAGGGUCGUUGUAUUAGCAAGUUGACAUGUAAGCCUUAACCGGACCCUCUCGCCUCUCCACCGACACCCUCUCCUUUUUACACACUAAUUAUCUCUUCACUACCCUAAAUAACUACCCAAAAACAUAUAAAAGCAAGCAACAAUGGUCAACCAACUGUUGUUGCUUGCUAACGUGGUGGAGCUCAUAAGGUGGAAGCGGUUAAUCAACUGCUGUUGUCGUUCAUCACCAAGAUUAGUACGAAUGACAGAGCAGACAUCGAGAAUAUAAUUCAAUGUGAAAGAGCAAGUCUAAGCAACAAAAGAUGUAUUUAUUGACGGGUAUUUACGGGUAGCAUGGGUACCCGUUAUCCGUCCCGUACGGAUAAUGGGUACCCGUUAACCCAUACGGGUUUGGGACAUGAGAUGAAGAUUGUUCUUCGAAUGGGAUUGGGUACCCCUUUCAAACGGGACGGGAUACCUGUCCCGUCCCGUCCCGUUGCCCACACUUAAUUGAACUUGCGGGGAGUUUGAAGAUCAAUGGUGUCCCCGAGGAUGCUUUGAAGUUGAGGCUAUUCCCCUACUCUCUUGCGGGGAAUACCUCUCGGUGGCUCAACAAUAGGCCGACUCUCUCGAUCACUUCGUGGGAUGAUAUGCUCAACAAGUUUAUGAGUCAUUAUUGCCCACCUUCAAAGAUGGCGGGGUGGCGCAAGAAGAUCACCCAUUUUGAGCAAGAGGAAGAUGAGACACUGAGGGAUGCGUGGUAAAGGUACUCCGAUUACUUCCUCCAAUGCCCACAUCAUGGAUUCGAGGAGAAAUUCCGGAUUGAGACCUUCUAUGGUGGUCUCCACACCAAGACGACAAGAUCCUCAUUGACUCCUUAUGUAAAGAGAUGGAAAGUAAAGGGUAUGAUUGGGUUGCUUGAAGAAAUGGAAAGUAAAGGGUAUGAUUGGGGCUUGACAAGAAGUGAAAAGAGAAGCACCGCAAGGGGAGUGCAAAGUGUAGGAGUGAGUCCCCCGCUUGAAGCCAAGAUUGAUCGUUUGAUUGAGGCACUCUUAGAGGACAAUAAGCAUGGGAAGAGGCCGGUGAUGGCGUGUGAUUGGUGUUCAAGUACCAACCACGAGAUUUUGGAUUAUUAAAUGAUGAAGGAAUCAAGCACACCCGAGGAGCAUGUGAGUUUCAUUGCCAAUGCUAGGGGGGAACAACCCCUAUAGCAACACUUACAACCCGGGGUGUUGAAACCAUCCGAAUUUCUCGGUCUUCUCCGACCAAUCCAAGACCCCCCGGUUUCCAAGGACAAACGGAAAAUUAUCAACCAAGGCCUACCUUCAUUCAGCAAAGCCGCAAUUCCAUGGCUCUAACUUCCAACAACCGUUUCAAGCUCAAGGAGGGGUACAUGAACCGACAUGGGUCGAUAUUUAAACAUACUUGCCCUGUACUGCACCCAGUUAAGGUUUAUACUUGGGCCUUAAUUGGGAGUUUUAAAGUGGUACAUUCAGGUUGAGUCAGGAGCCUUCCAAUCCAAGGAAAAUGGCAUUUCGAAAAAAAUCACCCAAAAAUGUACGAAAAUGUCAUCCGAAAAUAUAUUCGCCCAAAUCGGUUCUUAAGGGACUUAAUAAUCGAUGGAGAAUAGGAUCAAUAGACCUCAUUAUCUGUGGAGAAUAGCCUCGGGCUGAAUCCGUGAUCAGUAGCCUCCAAAAUAGAAACAAAAUCGUUUUUCGAAAAAAAUCGCCUGAAAUCAGUGAUGGUGUACCCCCUUUGGAAUCUACAAAAUAGGACCCGGAAGUAAUUCGUCCAAAUUGGUGCUUAAUGGACUUAAUCAUCGUUAAGAAUAGAUUUAUGGUGAAGCCGUGAUCUGUAGCCUUCAAAAUAGAAGGAAAAUGGUCUUCAAAAAAGAAAUCGGCCAAAAAAUUACUAAAAUGCCAUCCGAAAGUAAAUUUGCCAAAAUAGGUGAUUAAUGGACUUAAUCAUCGGUGCAGAAUCGGAUCAAUAGACUUUAUUAUCGGUGGAGAAUAGCCUCAGAAUAAAUCUGCGAUUUGUAGCAUCCAAAAUUGAAAGAAAAUGGCAUUUCGGGAAAAUCGCUUGAAAUCUAUGAUGCUACCCCUUUGGAAUAUGUCAAAAAUGGACCCGGAAGAAAUUUGCCCAAACUGGUGCUUUAUGGACUCAAUCACCGUUGAAGAAUAGUCUCAGGCCAAAUCAGUGAUCUGUAGCCUUCAAAAUCCAAGAAAAAUGGCAUUUUAAAAAAACAACAAAAAUUUUAUGAAAAUAUCAUCCGAAAAUUUAUUCCCCUAAAUAUGUGCUUAAUGGACUUAAUCGUCGGUGGAGAAUAGGAUCAACAAACUUCAUCAUCGGCGGAGAAUAGACUCGGGCCAAAUCCAUGAUCUGUAGCUUUCAAAAUUGAAAUAAAUUGCAUUUCGGAAAAAUCGCUCGAAACUGUGAUGGUACCCCUUUCGAAUCCGCCAAAAAUAGACCCAAAAGAAAUUCCUAGAAAUUUGUGCUUAAUGGACUUAAUUAGUUGUGAAGAAUAGUCUGAGGCCGAUUCUCUGAUUUGUAGUCUUCAAAAUAUAAAAACAUAGCCUAAUGAAAAACAUCACCCAAAAAGUUACAAAAAUGUCAUCUGAAAAUAAAUCCGCGCAAAUUGGUACUUGAUGGACUUAAUCAUCGGUGGAGAAUAGGAUCAAUAGACUUCAUCAUCGGCGGAGAAUAGUCUCGGGCAAAAUCCGUGAUCUUUAGCCUUCAAAAUGGAAGGAAAACGAAAUUACAAAAAAAAAAAUCGUUUCGAAAUCAAUAUGGUACCCCUUUGCAAUCUACCCAAAAAUGGACCCAGAUGUAUUCCACCCAAAUUGUUGCUUAAUGGUUUUUUCAUCAUUGAGGAAUUGCCUCAGGCCGAAUUCAUUAUCUAUAGCCUUCAAAAUACAAGUAAAAUGGCCUUUCAACAAAACCACGCAAAAAGUUAUGAAAAUGUCAUCCGAUUAUAUAUUCGUCCAAAUCUGUACUUGAUGGACUUGAUAAUUGGUGGAGAAUAAGAUCAAUAUACUUCAUUAUCGGUGGAGAAUAGCCUCGGGUUGAAUCCGUGAUCCGUAGCAUCCAAAAUUGAAAGAAAAUAACAUUUAAAAAAAAUUGCGAUAAAUCUAUGAUGGUGUU